CAAAGAAACGACAAACGUCAGUCUAUGAGUAUCUGAUCUAUCUUUUGUGGAGGAGCUAAGUUGAUGAAUCCUACUGGGGCAGUUCCUUGGAUCUUGAAGUGAAAAAACAGCUAGCUUGCCACUGUUUACAAUUUUGCGUGUUAUUGACAGACAUGAGAUAACCAAGUGACACUUAAACAAAUAUGCAACCCUGUGUGUCUAGCUCGUCGAUUUUCUGGUCGAGGUUGUCACGACUGAGGUCACGGUGUCUACUUUCACUUUCGAAUUCGACGUUUUCGUGGCCGGGGUCACAACAACAGCCAGUGGUCCAAAAAAAGUCAAAGAUGUGCAGAUAUUCAUCAAGAGCAGGGCAGGUUGCUGUGAACUUAAAUGAUGAAGAGAAAGGAAAUGUCCUUCAUUGUCUUAACAAUUUGACCACAGAGGAAAUGAGACGAGUUUUUAGAUCGGGCAAAAGUUUGUCUGCCACCAUAGCCUUUGAGAUUUGUCAACACAGAGAGGAAAAUGGACUCUUUUCAUGUCUGGAAGACUUGAACAAAGUGAAGAAGGUUGGGCUGAAAACCUUCAGCGCUGUUUGUGAGAACUUCAGAAAAGGUGUCGACGAGGUGGAACUUCAAAGAGGGUCUUUAGAUCGAGACCUGAAAUAUUUUAGUCCUCUUCUGAGUCCAGAAUUUGUGAAGACUAUAGAUGAUGUUACAUGUAUAGAAAUCUGCAUAGACUCUGCAUACUUCUCUACCGUGAACAAAGAUCUGGAGGUCACUGAUUGGGAUCAUUUGCCUCUGCUCGGGUCUCACUAUCAAAAACAAACAGCUGCAGAAAUACUGGAACAGGCCCAUGACAUUGUCAGCUGCUUGCCCAAGUCGAGCGUCUACGUCAUCGAGAGCCGGGUGGCGCGGCGACUCACGCCAAGCUACAUGCAGCUCCUUCUCUUUGUCAGCCGCCUCCAGAUGGCUGUCCAAACCUUGAUAAAUGUCGACCUCCCCACGACUGGACAGCACAAGCUGUUCAAUGUCAAGGACUCUUUCACGAUCAAGGCGUUUGACCUCCGGGUCGGCGGGGAGCGUGUGAGUAGCCAGCACGUGGUCAAAUGCAUCGAAGACGGGACUUUUGAGGAAAACGUGGAGAUUGAGCCCAUGCUGUGGAAAAGAUACCACAGACAACCGACGGAUAUUUUUAAAGAAAGAUAUGCCAGCUGCCUCCUGGUGUCACUUGGGUUUUGUCGACACGUCCUGAACAGUCACAAACAGGCAGCUUCUCACGACGGUCAGAUGAACGAUGGCGAUACGUCGUGACACGAUUGGAACCUUUGUGUAGAGUAUUAUGGUUGUUGCAAUACGGCAGAGAGCAGGGAACAUUGUGGGAGUUUAAUUUACAAAUGUGUCUAUAACUCUUUUCUGAUGCUAAAAUAGCUGUGACGGAACAAAGUGUGGGUUGAGACUGUGGUAUUCAAGGGAAGCUUUUCUAGUACCUGUGACCUUGAAAAUGUUUUUGUGAAUGUUAUUCUGUAAUAUGUAUGUGUUAUCCAGGGUUUUAAAUUACUCACAAGUUCAGUUCAGGUUCAGCAAUUACUGUAACUUGUAAGAGAUGAAAAUAUGAUUCAUGUGUUUUGGAUAGCUAUACUGGUAAUUCUGUUCAUUGUCUUGUUUCAGUGCUCUAUACAUAAAAUCCUUUUUGUAUUAAAUGUAGGUGUUUUAGCGCCCCCAUCAACACAAUUUAGACAAUUUAGGAGGCGGGCUUCCAACCAUACCUGCAAGGGCCAACCCAGGCUGAGAGAGAAACAACACCCCAGCUUAAAGACAGAGAUACUCCAUAAAAAUUGUCCCUGCUCAGGAAUCAGAUUCAGGUCUCCCGCAUGUGACAUCAAAGUACCUAAUUGCUGCACCACAGACUCUGGUUCUUUUUGUCUAUCACUGUCAUGUCCUUGACAAGUAUAUCAAAUAAUGAACAAAUUACUAUACACAUUUGUUUGGCAAUUAACCAUUUUUUAAACAAAAAAAUUAAACGGUUAUUUCACAU